AGAAAUCCAUGCAGGGAACAAGUACCACGUGGGAUAUUUAAAAAAAGUUAGAUACGAUCCUUCAGAGGUGAAGGAUGCUUGUUAAAAUUACAAUUCUAGUUCUGUUCUCUAUUCUGGAUGUGAAAUGCAAUCUGGUGAAAAAGAAUAUUGUUUUCAAGAAACCAAAUCUUCAUCUGUUCACAGUUAUCAAGUUCCACAACGAUCCCUGUCAAGCGGUAUCCGGACUGAAUGGAAUCUGCUUUACAAGCUCUGAAUGUGAGAAGAAAGGUGGAAGAGCAUCUGGGGACUGCGCCAUGGGGUUUGGAGUGUGUUGUAUCGUGGAGAAGUCCUGUGGUUCUCAGAUAAAUCAGAAUCUAACCUACUUCAACUUUAACUCUUCAAUUUCAGACAGUUUCUGUAAGAUUACCAUUUGCCCACUUGACAGCAACGUUUGCAGGCUCAGACUAGACUUUGAGGAUUUUACCCUUGCUGGACCAUUGGAGGAUACUGCAGCUGAUGUGGCAGAUACAGCUGUUAAAACACUCCAUUCAAUUAUUGGUGAAUGUAUCGAGGAUACUUUUAUUGUAAAAGCUGCUGAAGGACCUUCACCUCCUGCCAUUUGUGGAACUAAUACAGGACAGCACAUGUACACCAGUUUAAGAGGUGGUUGUGCUACUAUAUCAGUUAAUCUAGGAGAAUCAACAAUUGAAAGAAAUUUAGUUGUAAGAACGACCCAGAUACCCUGCACUUCAGAACCAUUGUCUGAUUGUCUUCAGUAUUUCACAGGAACAUCUGGUAAUAUCAAGUCAUUUAACAAUGGUGGCACUGGGACACACUUAACCAACCAGAAAUACACCGCCUGCAUCAGAAGGGAGCGUGGUUACUGCUCUAUAUGUUGGUCUUCAACUAGUUUCCAGAUGAGCCUGCAAACAGCAGAUAAUGGAGAUACUGGAAACAAAGGAAUGUCAGAGUAUGAUCUAGACUGUGGAAGGACAUUCAUCCCUGAUGCUGCGACUAUGCCAACUUAUGCUGGAUUUGGAGAUUACGUUGAAAUACCCCAGGGUAGAUGUGUAGGAAGCACUGAUGAUGUUGAAUCAAUUGAUAGGUAUUGUGGAGAGGUUCUGGCAUGUUCACCUACAACAGCUGGAACAGCUACUGCAACUCCCUCUUCAGUAUGCUCUUCAGUAUACCCGUUCCAGAUUCGAGUGUUUACAGACAGUUUUGAAGAAAUAACUAAGGAGGAUGGAGUACCUGGGAGUACUGGAGUGGAUAGGAGUCCUCAGACAGGGUUUAACCUCAACUACCAACAAAUACUUUGUCAAUGAAACUAAAACAAUGUUAAAGUUGUCUAAUGUUCAUUAUUUACCAAGGAUUCUUACCUAUUCUAGAACUAUUUUUUUACAUUCUUUACCUAUUAUUUGUGCAUUAUUUAAAACUAAUGAGUUAAAUCAGUAAUA